AUGGUCGGUUCUCUGUCGCUCCUUACGGCUCUGGCCACCCUGCCAUUCGCUUUAACUGUUCACUCAGCUCCUCAUCGACGCCAACUGGGCACGCUGGGCGCUGAUAUUCCCGAUGGAUUGAUCCAAGGCACCCUGGGCGCGCUGGCGGGCCAGAUCGGUGUCAACCAGACUUACGACUAUGUCGUCGUCGGUGGAGGAACCAGCGGCAAUGCAAUUGGCACCCGUCUUGCGCAGGCCGGAUAUAAAAUCGCCAUUAUCGAAGCCGGCGAAUUCUACGAGGUCGGAGAUCCGGUUCUCGCGUCGACUCCCGGCGGUGACUUCGCCUUUGUCGGGGCGGACAUGACCGAUGGCGACCCUCUCGUCGACUGGAUGUUUGAGACGGAGCAGAUGCCGGGUGCGGCUGGACGAGCGGUGCAUUACGCGCGCGGCAAAUGCCUUGGUGGAACAUCGGCCCUGAACUUCAUGAUCUACCAGAGAGGAACCGAAGGAUCCUUCCAGCAAUGGGCCGACCUCGUCGACGACCAAAGCUACACCUUCGACAAGCUUCUGCCGUAUUUCAAGAAGAGCGUGCAGUUUACGCCUCCCAACACGGAGAUGCGUGCGGCCAACGCAACCGCCCAGUAUAACCCGAACGCCUUCUCGUCCAGCGGCGGACCGCUGCACGUCUCCUUCCCCAACUAUGCUGCCCCCUUCUCGACCUGGGUCGCAAAGGGAUUGCGGGCCAUCGGCAUCGGCGAAAUCGACGACUUCAACAGCGGCAAGCUGAUCGGAUCCCAGUUCACCCCGCUGACGAUCCGGCCUUCCGACCAGACGCGGAGCAGCUCUGAGGCUUCAUUCAUCCAGAGCAUGAACGGUAGCACGGCGAAUCUCAAGAUCUACACGGGCACAAUGGCGAAGAGGGUCCUCUUCGACGAUAACAAGACUGCAACGGGUGUCGAGGUGAUGUCCAACGGCCUGACCUACCAGAUUAACGCCGCGAAGGAAGUCAUCGUUUCUGCCGGCGCGUUCCAGUCCCCGCAGGUUCUCAUGCUCUCCGGAAUCGGACCAAGGGCGACGCUGGAGCAGUUCGACAUCCCCGUGGUGGUUGAUCUGCCUGGUGUCGGACAGAACAUGUGGGACCACGUCUUGUUCGGUCCCAGCUACCGCGUCAAGGUCGACACGUUCACCAAGGUCGUCCGCGAUCCGGUGUAUCUGGCCGAGCAGCUGGUCAACUAUAUCGUCAACAAAAACGGGCCCCUGACCAGCAACUCGGCGGAUUUCCUUGGAUGGGAGAAGGUGCCCGACAAGUACCUCAGCAACUUCACCGCACAAGCCAAACAGGACCUGGCUGCGUUUCCGGAUGACUGGCCGAACAUCGAGUACAUCUCUGGACCGGGUUACGUGGGAGACUUCUCCAACCUGCUCCUGAACCAGCCCUUCGACGGCUACUCGUACGGUACCAUCCUCGGCGCCCUGGUGUCGCCCACGUCUCGGGGCAAUGUGACGCUGCGGUCGGCCUCGAUCACGGACAAGCCGAUCGUCAACCCGAACUGGCUGUCCACGGAGACGGACGCGCAGGUUGCGGUGGCAGCGUUCAAGCGCGCGCGCGAGGCGUUCGCCAGCGAGGCCAUGAACCCCGUCGUUAUCGGCGAGGAGUACUAUCCCGGCCCGCAAGUGCAGACGGACGAGGAGAUCCUCGAGGCGAUCCGGAAGAGCGUGCAGACGGUGUGGCAUGCUGCAUGCACAUGCAAGAUGGGGAAGAAGGACGACCCUAUGGCGGUGGUGGAUUCGCAGGCCCGCGUGUUUGGCGUGAACAACCUGCGUGUCGUCGAUGCCAGUGCUUUCCCGAUCCUGCCGCCUGGCCAUCCCCAGAGUGCAGUCUACAUGCUCGCGGAGAAGAUCGCUGAUCUGAUUAUCAACAACGGCACUGCCUCGAUGUAA